AUGGCAAAAGCUGAAUUUCAAAUCCAAAAAAUAUCUCCCAACACAUCAUUAAUAGGACAAUUAGUAGACAGCCAUACAAGAUGUGUACAUUAUCAUACUGAGUUAGAUAUUAUUGCCAUAAAAUUCAAAUGUUGCAAUAACUAUUAUCCAUGUUUUAAGUGUCAUCAAGAAUCAACUAGCCAUCAACCAGACAGACUUGAUAAAAAUGACAAUACAACCAAGGCUGUAUUUUGUGGAAACUGCAUGAAUGAAUUGACCGUUGUUGAAUAUCUCAAUUGUGGCUAUACGUGUACUUAUUGUGGUGGACAAUUCAACCCUGGUUGUUCCCUACAUUAUGAAUUAUAUUUCAACAAUAAUGACCAUUGA